AUGAGCGGAGGAGAGAUGCGGAGGCUGCCCCGCCUGAAGAACCCCGUCAGGGCCUGGAGGAACCGCAGGCAGCAGAACCAUACUGACACUGCAGAGGAGGUGUCGGACUGUGAGGAGGUUCUGGAGCAGCUGGAGGAGGUCAGCAGGAGGCUGAUCCUCAGGGAGGAGCAGCUGUUCUCUCAGGACUCCCCCAGUGAGGAGGACCAGGAUCAGCUGCACAUGGACCUCGAGGCUCUGAGCCUGCAGCUUUGGACCGCCGUUGACAACACUUUCACCUCCUCCUGCUCCUCCUCCUCCUCCCCGGCCCACCUGGAGGUCCUGAAGAGUGCUGUGGCCUCCAUUCAGCAGCAGGAGGAGCAGGACCGGCGGUGGACCGGCUGUCCUGAGGAGUGCGUCCCGGCGUGGCGUCCUCAGAAGUGUCUCAGCAAACAUAACACUUUGCUGCAGAACCUAGUGGAGUCCAGACUGACCCGGGCCGCCCAGAACCAGGACAGCAGCACUGACAGCCUGUCCUCCUCUCUGAAGAGACAGGUGUGUGGUAUGGGGAGGCGUGUGAAGGAGGACCUGCUGGUGGUGGUCCGGGCGGUCCAGGACUGUUACCCUCCUGAGAUGGACAUCCUGAACCUUUACUCCGGACUCUUCCAUCGGAGCUUCUCGGCCCGGCUGACUGAACUCGCUGCUGCCGGACCAGAACCAGAUGACUGCAGCUACCUGCUGUUCUGGAUCAACCAUUGCUAUCCACAUGAAAUAUUAAACCAUGAAGAGCUGAAAGGAAAGAUAAAAACAGCCUGUCUGGGUUCUCUGCUGCUGCAGGACCAUCUGGAUCGACUGGAGGACCAGUACCUCAACCACAAAGAGGACAAAGUGAAGCUGUGGCUUAACGCAGCUCUAAGGAAAGAAGAGGAGAGCUGGCUGAGCGGCCAGAACCCAGAACUCCUGGACCGGUACCGCUUCAGCCCGCUUGCCGUCGACGUCAUACAGGUGAUUGACAGCUCCCUGUCGGAGGUCAGCUGUGUGAUCAGAGACCAGAGCAAAGGGCACAACAGGGUCACAGCUCACCUGGACAGCUUCCUCAGCAGAUAUGAGAAGUGUGUGGAGGAGUUUAUGAAGGGAAACCACAGUAACGCCCGCUCAGUGAUCAAAGCUCAGCUUGUCUGUGAGCAGCAGCUCAGGGAUUACAUCACAGCUCAGACAGGAAGUGUGUUGGAGCCCCAGCGGCGGCACUGCAUGGACGCUCUGUCGGCCCUGAAGGACUGUGGGUACAGGUGUCUCACCUGUCCCCCCCAGCUGAAGGUGGGUCUGGCCCAGCUGUGGACGGCGGGCUGGGCGGACGGGUCACUUCCUGUUGUGGACUCGCUGCUGGACUCUCUGGACCGCCAGCUGAGCGACCUGUCGGACCUGAUGCCCACCUGCAGACAGUCUGUGCUGUCUGUCCUCCAGGAGGACCUGGUCCUGCAGUAUGUGAAGAGGACUUUGAGGACCAGGACCAGGAGCAGAGAGCAGCAGGUGGACGGGGCUCAGAGGAUGACUGAAGACGCUCGUAAGAUCAGGGACUUCUUCCAGCAGGAGGGUGGCGGUGCUCCGUGGCUCGGCGAGAUGCUCCGCAGCGUCGCUGAGGUUCUCCGUCUGCAGGACCCAGGAAGUGUUCAGCUGGAGGUCGUCAGUCUGGCAAGGAAGUUCCCAGACCUCAGCGGCGAUCACGUGGCGGCGCUGCUGUCUCUGAAGGCGGGACUCUCGGCGGCGGACGUUCGCUCCAUCAGACGCAGCGUGGAGGAGAACCGCCCCCUGGAUGCCUCCACCAAUCAGAGCCCUUCAUUCUUCUCCAGGGUCAAAGUGAAAUGGAUCGAUAAGAAGAUCAAACAGAUGUUAGCCUGUUAGCACGUUAGCAUGUUAGCUAGUUAGCAUGGUAGAAUGUUAGCAUGUUAACCUGUCGCACCGAGCACAGCAAUAUCUGUAGGGACCAGUGCUUGGGGCUUUCUUCUUCCUCUUCCAGACUCUUAAUUUCACCUAGAGACUCCAUUUAAACUUUAAACAGCAGACACAAGUCUUGUGUAUUGGUGUAUUAAUCCACAUUUCGAUAGGUCAUAUAGUUUUUUAUCAAUCCCUGUUCAAUGACCAUGAUCAUUUUUGGAGAAAUUCUGAGAUUAUAAUGGGUGUGUAUUGCAUGGAAUGCUUGUGUCACAGUGUGUGACAUCAUCGCCAGAGUGUACAGGGAGAGAAAAAAUUGUCAAAAAAUACAUUUGAAAACUGCGCAAAUUCCACUCUACAGAAAAAAAUGUAUACAUAGAAACGUAGGAAAAUUUGUCUUCCCACUCACAAUCCUCUGGUAAAGCUGUCAGAGGUAUAGUUUGGGUGUAGGACGCACAGAUGCGCCACCAACACGCACCAACUGCCUCAUUGGCUCCCAUAUUAAAAACGCAGGAAGAUUUCUGUAGAAAAG